UCUCCAUGGCGGCCGCGGCGGCUGGGCCGGUGUUCUGGAGGCGGCUGCUGGGCCUCCUGCCUGGCCGGCCCGGGCUGGCCGCGCUCCUGGGGCGCCUGUCCGACCGCCUCGGCAGGAACCGGGACCGCCGGCGCAGGAGGUCGCCAUGGCUGUUACUGGCUCCCUUGCUGUCCCCGGCCAUCCCCCAGGUCACCUCCCCACCCUGCUGCCUGUGCCCUGAAGGUGUGCACAGGUUCCAGUGGAUCAGAAACCUCGUUCCAGAGUUUGGCGUCUCCAGCUCUCAUGUCAAAGUGCUUUCUUCCCCUGCAGAGUUCUUCGAGCUCAUGAAGGGGCAGAUAAAAGUAGCCAAGAGGAGGGUUGUGAUGGCAUCUCUCUACCUGGGGACAGGUCCUUUGGAACAGGAGCUGGUGGAUUGCCUGGAAAAUACUCUAGAAAAGUCUCUUCAAGCAAAGCUUCCUUCUGACCUCAAGGUCUCCAUUCUCCUGGACUUCACCCGCGGCUCACGAGGCAGGAAGAACUCCCGCACCAUGCUGCUCCCCCUCCUACAGAAGUUUCCAGAGCAUGUACGCGUCUCCCUCUUCCAUACUCCAAACCUCCGCGGGCUCCUCCGGCUCCUUACCCCCGAGCGCUUCAACGAGACCAUCGGCCUCCAGCACAUCAAGGUGUACCUCUUUGACAACAACGUCGUCCUGAGUGGUGCAAACCUGAGUGACUCCUACUUCACCAACCGCCAGGACCGGUACGUGUUCUUGCAGGACUGUGCGGAGAUUGCUGACUUCUUCACCGAGCUGGUGGAUGCCGUGGGGGAUGUGUCCCUGCAGCUGCAGGGGGAUGACACGGUGCAGGUGGUUGACGGGAUGGUGCAUCCUUACAAAGGUGACCGGGUUGCAUACUGCAAGGCAGCCAAUAAGCGGGUCAUGGAUGUGAUCCAUUCAGCCCGGACCCGCCAGCAGAUGCUGCAUGCUCAGACCUUCCAUGGUGACUCCCUGUUGACCCAGGAGGAGGCUGCAGCUGCCGGGGAUCGGAGGCCAGCGCCUGACACCUGGAUUUACCCGUUGAUCCAGAUGAAGCCCUUUGAGAUCCAGAUCGAUGAGAUCGUCACCGAGACCCUGUUGACUGAAGCCGAGCGAGGCUCUAGGGUCUUCCUCACCACUGGCUACUUCAAUCUGACCCAGGCCUACAUGGACCUGGUCCUGGGCACACGAGCUGAAUACCAGAUUCUGCUGGCCUCCCCAGAGGUGAAUGGCUUCUUUGGGGCCAAGGGCGUAGCUGGUGCCAUCCCAGCGGCCUACGUGCACAUUGAGCGGCAGUUCUACAGCGAGGUGUGCAGCCUGGGGCAGCAGGAGCGGGUCCAGCUGCAGGAGUACUGGCGCAGGGGCUGGACAUUUCAUGCCAAAGGCCUCUGGCUGUACCUGGCAGGGAGCAGCCUGCCCUGCCUCACGCUGAUUGGCUCUCCUAAUUUUGGGUACAGGUCAGUUCACCGGGACCUAGAGGCCCAGAUUGCUAUUGUGACGGAGAGCCGCGCCCUGCAGCAGCAGCUCCACCAGGAGCAAGAGCAGCUCUACCUGCGGUCAGCUGUGGUGUCCUCCGCUACCUUUGAGCAGCCGGGGCGGCAGGUGAAGCUGUGGGUGAAGAUGGUGACGCCACUGAUCAAGAACUUCUUCUGAGAUCAGACAGGAAUGGCCUUGAUGAAGAUGACGGGCAUGGUUGGCGUCAGCUCCUUCAGCCGCGACUCAGCGAUGACUCCGGUCUGGGUGUCCCAGCGAGCUCCUGAGGGGAAGCGGGGCUGAGGGUCAGGGAGGCCCUGGCCGGGGGAGCCCGUCAGUGUGGUGUGCUGACAGGGAGGGAGGGGGUGCCCGCAGGGCAAGGCCCGGCCCCCCCACUUUGCCGGAAGAUGGUGGUGUCCGGAGCUCAGGCCUGGGCCGGGGUGGACACUGCUGGGCCUGGAGGUGUGAGCAGAGGCUUGGCAGGUGGCCGCGUGCACGUGCAGCUGCCCAUGACCCCGCUGCGCCCUGAGCCCCAUGCACUGCGGCCUUGGCUUCCUUCUCUUUAAAUCGUGGUGUUUUUAGAGCCUCAUCUGCGCCUUCCUGAUUUCAGUGCCAGGAAGUCAGAACUCCUGCUGAAAACCAUAAAGUCUCCUGCCUCUAACUGUAUAAUGUCUAUCCUCUAUGUACAUAGAGUAUAAAUACCUAUGCCUAAUAUAAAUAUUAUUUGCCUCUGACCAGACUGCUAUCAUUUCUACUUGCCCUAUUGAGUGGUGUUUAUAUUUCCUGUCUGGAAUUCCAAAUAAACAGUGGAGAAUGGC